CUGCGGCGCUGAGGGAGCCGAGCAGGACCCGCCCCCGCCCCCGCCAUGGCCGACCCGGCCCCCGCCCGCAGCCUCGACGACAUCGACCUCUCCGCCCUCAGGGAUCCUGCUGGCAUCUUUGAACUGGUGGAGGUGGUCGGCAAUGGGACGUAUGGGCAGGUCUACAAGGGCCGUCAUGUCAAGACUGGGCAGUUGGCUGCUAUCAAAGUCAUGGAUGUCACUGAGGAUGAAGAGGAAGAGAUCAAGCAAGAGAUCAAUAUGCUGAAGAAGUAUUCGCACCAUCGGAACAUCGCCACCUACUAUGGGGCCUUUGUUAAGAAGAGCCCCCCCGGGAAUGACGACCAGCUCUGGCUUGUGAUGGAGUUUUGUGGGGCUGGCUCAGUGACCGACCUGGUGAAGAAUACCAAGGGCAACGCUCUGAAGGAGGACUGCAUCGCCUACAUCUGCCGGGAGAUCCUCAGGGGUCUGGCCCACCUCCAUGCACACAAGGUGAUCCACCGAGACAUCAAGGGCCAGAACGUUCUCCUCACCGAGAAUGCAGAAGUGAAGCUUGUUGACUUUGGGGUGAGCGCCCAGCUGGACCGCACAGUGGGCCGUCGGAACACGUUCAUCGGCACUCCGUACUGGAUGGCCCCGGAGGUGAUCGCCUGUGACGAGAAUCCGGAUGCCACCUACGACUACAGAAGCGACAUCUGGUCCCUGGGGAUCACGGCCAUUGAGAUGGCGGAGGGAGCGCCACCCCUGUGUGACAUGCAUCCCAUGAGGGCCCUCUUCCUCAUCCCUCGCAAUCCUCCACCCAAGCUGAAAUCCAAGAAAUGGUCCAAGAAAUUCAUUGACUUCAUCGACAGUUGCCUGGUCAAGGCGUACACCAGCCGCCCCCCGACGGAGCAGCUUCUCAAGUUCCCCUUCAUCCGGGACCAGCCUACGGAGCGGCAAGUCCGCAUCCAGCUUAAGGACCACAUCGAUCGUACGCGCAAAAAGCGGGGAGAGAAAGAUGAAACUGAAUACGAGUACAGUGGCAGCGAGGAAGAGGAUGACGGGCGUGGCGAGGAAGGCGAACCCAGCUCCAUCAUGAACGUCCCGGGUGAGUCGACUCUGCGCAGGGAGUUCCUUCGCUUGCAGCAGGAGAACAAGAGCAACUCAGAAGCCCUGAAGCAGCAGCAGCAGCAGCUGGCCGCCCAGCACCGCGACUCCGAGGCCCACAUCAAGCACCUGCUGCACCAGCGCCAGCGGCGCAUUGAGGAGCAGAAGGAGGAGAGGCGCCGGGUUGAGGAGCAACAGCGCCGAGAGCGGGAGCAACGGAAGCUGCAGGAGAAGGAGCAGCAGCGGCGGCUAGAGGACAUGCAAGUGAUGCGGCGGGAGGAGGAGCGGCGGCAGGCCGAGCGGGAGCAGGAGUAUAUCAGGCAUAAGUUGGAGGAGGAGCAGCGGCAGCUGGAGAUCCUGCAGCAGCAGCUCCUCCAGGAACAGGCCCUGCUUCUGGAGUACAAGCGGAAGCAGCUGGAGGAGCAGCGCCAGUCGGAGCGGCUCCAGCGCCAGCUGCAGCAAGAGCAUGCCUACCUGAAGUCCCUGCAGCAGCAGCAGCAGCAGCAGCAGCAACAGGAGAAAAAGAAGCCCCUCUAUCACUACAGCCGCAGCGCCAACCCUGCCGACAAGCCCACCUGGGCGCGGGAGGUGGAAGAGCGGGCUCGCAUGAACAAGCAGAACUCUGCCUCCCCGGUGGCCAAGAGCAAGACAGGGGGUGGGGGGCUGGAAUCGGUGCCCCCCUCCCGCUCUGAGUCGGCGUCGCUCAGCUCCUCCCCUGCCUCGCAGACCCCGCCUAUGCAGCGCCCCGUUGAGCCCCAGGAGGGUCAGCACAAGAGCCACCUGGCCCAUCGCGUCCCGCUCAAACCCUACGCUGCCCCCGUCCCUCGCUCCCAGUCGCUGCAGGACCAGCCCGGCAAGAACAUGGCUGCUUUCCCUGCCCAUGACUCCACCUCCUCCGCCCCACCCCCACCUCGAGCGGGCAUGAUCCGGCAGAACUCGGACCCCACUUCAGAGGGCCCUGCCCCGCAGCCGUCCCGGCCCACUGCCGAUCAGCGAGGACCGCCCUGGGUCAAAAUGGACCCCGAGCCCCCUCCCAAGGUUCCCCAGCGGACAUCCUCUAUAGCGACAGCACUCAACACCAGCGGGGCAGGGAGUGGCAACAGCAGGCCGGUCCACGCCGUGCGAGCCAGCAACCCUGACCUUCGGAGGAGCGACCCCGGCUGGGAGCGCCCGGACAGCUUGCUGCAGUCGGCCGCCAACCUGCCCCAGGCGGGCUCUCUGGAGCGCAACCGUGUAGGAGCUCCCCUGAAGCUGGACAGUUCCCCAGUCAUGCCCAAGGCGGAUGACCACCGUUCGCGCCCCGGCCGGCCAGCAAGCUAUAAGCGGGCAAUUGGCGAGAACUUUGUGCUGCUCCGAGAACGUCCGGAAGACACGGCCCCCAAGCCCCUCAAGAAGGCCAUGGACUACUCCUCCUCCAGCGAGGAGAUGGAUUCCAGCGAGGAAGACGACGAGGAGGAGGAGGCCGAGGGAGAGCGCUCCGAGGCCGGCACGGACACCCCCGGGGCCAGAGACGGCGACACGGACUCCGUGAGCACCAUGGUGGUGCACGACGUGGAAGAGCUCACGGGUGGCGGCAGCGGAGGCUCUGAGAGUUCGUAUGGCGAGGGGACCAUGUUGGUGCAGCGGACUCCCGAGGAGGAGCGGGGCCUGCUGCACAGCGACAGCAACGGCUACACCAACCUACCAGAUGUGGUGCAGCCCAGCCACUCCCCCACCGAGGCCAAGAGCAGCAAUGGAUCCUCCUCCCCCUCCAAGGACCCAGCGACGGACUAUCAAUCGCGGGGCCUUGUCAAAGCGCCUGGGAAAAGCUCCUUCACCAUGUUUGUGGAUCUGGGCAUCUACCAGAGCUCAUGUGGAAGCGGAGACUCCGUCCCCAUAACCGCCUUUGACCCCAGCCGACUGGAGCAGCUGCAGCUGGAAGCCCGGAAAGGUUCCGUGGUCAACGUCAACCCCACAAACACACGGCCCCACAGUGACACGCCCGAGAUCCGCAAGUACAAGAAGCGCUUCAACUCGGAGAUUCUGUGUGCCGCCCUUUGGGGGGUCAACUUGCUGGUGGGCACUGAGAACGGCCUGAUGCUCCUGGACCGCAGCGGGCAGGGCAAGGUAUACAGCCUCAUCAGCCGCCGCCGCUUCCAGCAGAUGGAUGUCUUAGAAGGGCUCAACCUGCUGACCACCAUCUCAGGGAAGAGGAACAAGCUACGCGUUUACUACCUCUCUUGGCUGCGGAACAAAAUUUUGCACAACGAUCCUGAAGUGGAAAAGAAGCAGGGCUGGACCACCGUGGGGGACAUGGAGGGCUGUGUCCACUACCGCGUGGUGAAGUAUGAGCGGAUCAAGUUCCUGGUCAUUGCGCUCAAGAACUCGGUCGAGGUUUAUGCCUGGGCACCGAAGCCCUACCACAAAUUCAUGGCCUUCAAGUCUUUUGCCGACCUGCCUCACCGGCCAUUGCUAGUGGAACUGACCGUGGAGGAGGGCCAGCGGCUCAAAGUGAUCUACGGGUCUUGUGCCGGCUUUCACGCUAUAGAUGUGGACUCCGGCAACAACUACGACAUCUACAUCCCAGUUCAUAUCCAGUCCCAGAUCUCCCCCCACGCCAUCAUCUUCCUGCCCAACGCCGAAGGGAUGGAGAUGCUGCUCUGUUAUGAGGACGAGGGGGUCUACGUCAACACCUACGGGCGCAUCAUCAAGGACGUAGUGCUGCAGUGGGGGGAGAUGCCCACCUCUGUUGCUUACAUCUGCUCCAAUCAGAUCAUGGGCUGGGGGGAGAAAGCCAUUGAAAUCCGCUCCGUGGAGACGGGCCACCUGGACGGGGUCUUCAUGCACAAGCGGGCCCAGCGCCUGAAGUUCUUGUGUGAGAGAAAUGACAAGGUCUUCUUCGCCUCGGUGCGCUCCGGAGGAAGCAGCCAGGUCUACUUCAUGACGCUGAACAGAAACUGCAUUAUGAACUGGUGAAGGAGGGGCCUCAUUCUACCCCACCGCC